ACAACUUUUAUUAUGAAAAACAAACGUAGAGGAAGACCUGCAACAUCAGCGGUUACUAGAAAAUCACCAAGAAAGGAAGCAGCAACGACUGAAAGGCCGAGAAGAUCUGGUAGAAAUAGUAGUUCUGUUGAAAGUGUUAAUCAGCCUAAUAAUGGUCGUUGGGAAUUUCGUCCACGUACUUCACAUGGUUCAGGCCAAGGGACCAGCCAUUCAGCAAUGUCAAGAACUAUAGAAAUGGAAGCUUCUAGUGAUGAAAAUGAUGAAGAUUUUUCUCUUUCUUUGGAAACUUUGAAAAGCCUUUUUAAUGAUCAAAUAAUUGACGAAAUUCAAAAGUUGUCACCUGGUGCUCGUCUAAUGGCGAUGGCUAAUUAUAUCAUUGAAAAUCCUGGCCAAUUCAGAGCUAAGCCUAAAAAGAAAGUUACAAUUCCUGAUGAUGAGUUAGAGCCUACUUUUGCUUCAAUUGAUAGUGCCUUGUCUAGAGAUGCUAAUUUUCACCCAAAAUUGUUUGAUGCAUUUUUUCAAGACUUCCGUGACCAUUAUACUCUACAUUUUUCAAGAAGUCAUUCUGCUACUUACGAUAAAGAAGUGUGCAAUCGUUUAUUACAUCAACAUUUUCCUUCGUGUCGGACACCUUUAAUUGAAUUUUUGGUGGAUGAAUUCUCUGGAAGAUAUUCAACUGCCGCUUGGAUUUGUUUUUUUGUUGAGAGCAAUUUGGGAUACAUGGUUCGAAAUUUUUUUCUUCUUCUUGAAAUGCGUAGUUGGUCAAUUAUGAGCAAACCUUUGCCUUUACCACGUAAACGUCGUAAUAAUUGGAUUCCAAAUCCAACUGAAGGUUCUUUGGCUGAUUCAAUUAAAGAAUUUACUAAAGUUUUGAAACGUUUCCGUAAUGAUUAUAAACAAUUAUUUUGUGAAAAUGAAGAUCGUCUUUUGCCUAAUGUUGAACAAAUUGAAAAUUUGGAAAAUAUUGAGAAAUUUGAAUGUUUGGUUUGCACUGGAGAAUUUGCAAUUGAUAGGGCAAUUGGUUGCAAUUAUCAUCCUAUUGGUCAACGCAAAAAUAUUGAAAUUGGUGAUCUGGUUAUACCUUGGGAUAAAGAGAAAGUUAAUUUUGUUGACAAUACACAAACUGAAAAACACCUUUUUUGUGUUGAAUGUUUAAUUGGGCAUGCUAAGGCAGCGACGCAAGAAAUGCCGUUAGCGAAAGGAGGUGUUGGACUGCAAUGUAUGGCAUCAAAUUGCCCUAAUGCUAUUUUAUUUUGUUUGUUUUUUAAUUUUAAAAUAUUAAAAUGA